AACUGGAUGUUCACAUUCGGCGCCAUCACCGAGCUGCCGGACGAGCGAGACCUCCCUUUCUCCAUCUGCGUCGACCGGAGCGACCUUCAAGAUGUUUUGUUGGAGGAAAUCGGGGACGCGGGGAUCGUGAACAUGGGAUCGGCGGUUGCCAAGUACGAGAACCGAAGAGACGGGAACGGCGUCGACGUGACUUUAGAAGACGGUCAAGUCAUCACCGCGGAUGUUCUAGUCGGUGCAGACGGGAUCUGGUCAAAGGUGCGCGCGCAGAUGUUCGGCGAGCCCAGCGGCGUGAAAGGCGCGGGAUCCACUGCGAGUUUCACAGGGUAUAAGUUGUAUUCCGGUUUGCCGCUGUUCAAGCCGUACUACUACGAGGACGUCGGGUACAGCGCAUUCAUCGGCCCGGACCAUUAUUUCGUGACGUGCCCUGACCGCGCCGGGCGCGUGCAGUGGUACGGGUUCAUCAAAGCCACGCAGCCAAACACACCCGAUAAGGAGAACCCCGCGGCCUUCCUCGAGGAAACCUUGAAAGGGUGGGCGCCUGAGGUACUGGAGCUGAUCCGUGCCACCGACCCAAACGAGAUUGAGCAGCGGGAUUUGUGGGACCGAUUCCCGAGCGUGACCAAAUCAUGGGCGGACGGAAACGUGACGCUACUCGGCGAUUCGUGCCACGCGACGAUGCCCAACAUCGGCCAGGGUGCGGGAUUGGCUUUCGAGGAUGGUUACGAGCUUGCCAAGAUUCUGGAAAAGGUUAAGAAUCGUUCCGAGGUUCCGUCAGCUCUGGAUUCGUUUUACAAGAAGCGCAUCUUGCGCACCGCCGCCGUGCAAGGACUCGGGCGCAUGAACUCGGAGGCUAUUAAGAUCCUAACACCGCUUUUACCUAUUCGACCACUGGUGGAGUACUUUAUCGGCCCAUUCUUGCCGCUGGUGUUCCGCACGCAGUUUGGGUAUUGUUACUCGUUCUGCCCGCAGAAGAUGGACGCGGGAGAGGCGCGCGCGCUCGCGGACGACAUGCGCGCUCGGCACAAGAAAGAGGCGGAGGCGGCGUGGGCCGAGGCGGAGGGGCGGGGCAUACAGUUGACAGGAGUCGAGAACAAACACGAAAACCCGGCGCUUGAGGUGAUCGCGAACUAGCUAGUCUUAUAGCGGUGAGCGAGGGUGCAUGAUGGAGGUG